AUGGUAACCAGAGUUCUGCUGCUACAGAAGUGCCGCUGGAGGGCGCUGUUUUUGGUCGUCUGCUUGUUCCUCACGUUCCAGUUGUACCUGCAGCAUGGAGGCAACUACUACGUCAGGAUGUUUAGCAACGGUGUAAUCAGUGGACGACAGCUCAAUGGGACGGGCAACAUCAGCCUACACGUCAUGAGGAGUGGGUCACACGUCACAAGGCACCGGUCACCCCUGGCGGACAAGCUGGUCAAACAGUUCCAGACUCGGCUGUCCAAACCCAGGUCUGUGUAUCAGUUGAACGACACCGAGACCUACAGCCAUUUCAUGGGCAGGCUGAAGAUCUUACGGAAACGUGGGGACUACUUGACGAAAUACUUCAACAUCACGGGGAACAGGUCCUGGGAAAGGUUCCACAGGGGAAUCAACCAGUACUACCUGUACGACCCUGAUAGCGGCACAGACCUGACUGACUUGUUGAGAGAUCUGAACAAGAAAACAAUUGUUGCUGCAAGAAGCACGCCUUACAGCUCCCAUCUCGCCAUUACGCUGGUCUUUGAGGAUGGAUCCAAAGGCAUCUUCAAGGCUAUCAGAACUCCAAAAGAGCAAGAGGCAUCACCCAACCAUUUUUACUUCAGUGACAUUGAGAGACCAACAGCCGAGAUAGCAGCUUUUCAUCUUGACAAGGUUCUGGCUUUCUACCGUGUCCCCCCGACCGUCGGGAGGGUCGUCAACAUCACACGUGACCUGAUCAUGGUGGGGGACGAAAACAUCAAGCCGACGGCUCAUCGAUCUCCAGUUGGUAACUCCUGCUUCUUCGGCAGCUGUAAGGACUACUGCACACAGGGCCACGCGCUCUGUGGGAACCCCCACCUCAUCGAGGGCUCCGUCUCUGCUUUCCUGCCCAACAGGAGCCUGGAAGAAUCAGGAAACUCCUUUUUGAAUCCUUAUGUUCGAUCGUAUGACAUGAAUACGAAGGUAAAAUGGGAAUACAACGAGUCGUUUUGUGAGACGGAUGUCAAGCCAGUACCUGAGUACCAAGGUCGUUUUAUACUGGACUUGACGGACCUCGCGGUGUUUGACUUUCUGCAGGGUAACCUCGACAGACACCACAUAGAAACGUUUAAGAUGUUUGGUAACGACACCUUCUUAGUGCACUACGACAACGGCAGAGGGUUUGGCCGAUCUAAGUACGAUUGUAUUUCAUGCUUGGCUCCAGUUCGUCAGUGUUGUAAAGUUCGGUUAUCUACCCUUGCCAAGUUGGUUAAACUUUACACUGGACCAGACAGCCUCAGUCAACUACUUAGGAUGUCAUUAAGCUCCGACCCCUUAGCUCCGAUAUUAACAGAACCUCACCUUGACGCCUUAGACAGACGUGUUGGUCUAGUCAUCAGCACAGUGUAUGACUGUGUCAAUAGGACGGGAUCCUGGGAUCAAGUUAUUGUUGAUGAUGGUGUUGUAUGAAUGUUACGUUUAGGUCACGUGAACUAUUUCUUUAAGACAACGCCAAAGACUACAUCAAACCAGUCAGCAGAGAUAAAUUUAAUUAUGCAAUAAUUAUA